AUGUACAAAAUCAGUUUUCCUUUUGUAUUGGUUUUCUUUCUGUUUUUGUUUGUUCUACCUGCCUUUUCUCAUUUCCAGUACCCUCAUUUACAACCAAAUGAGUUACCGAAUAAUAGCACAAAUCAGUCACCUUUCGCCUUUCUAAAAAACAUACAAGGGUGUCGUAAGGGUGAGAAGGUUAAAGGCCUACGUGACCUUAAACUCUAUCUUAGUCAUUUUGGAUACCUAAACUACCAAAACAACCCUAAUGUGACGAAUCCUAAAGAAGAUAGUUUUGAUGAGGAGCUUGAGGCGGCCAUCAAAGCGUACCAAGUCUAUUUCCAUCUCAAUGCCACUGGAACAACGCUUGAUGCACCAACAGUGUCCACAAUGGCCACGCCUCGUUGUGGUUUUCCUGAUAAGAAAACUCAUCAACAUGGUAAUAAAACUUUACAUACAGUCUCUCAUUAUCAAUUCCUUCAAGGUAGACCUAAAUGGCCCAAGGGAAAAAGGCAUCUAACUUACGCUUUUGGAUCACUUUUCCCUACCCGAUUUAUGCCUCCUGUUGCACGAGCUUUUAGAAAAUGGGCUACCGCUUCUCAAUAUUUUACAUUUUCAAGAGCUAGUACUUAUCAAGGUGCCGACUUAAAGAUUAUUUUCGCACGUGGAGCCCAUGGAGAUAACAGCCCCUUUGAUGGGCCUGGUGGAGUAUUGGCUCAUGCUUUUGCCCCUACGGAUGGAAGGUUCCACUAUGAUGCGGAUGAGCGUUGGGUGGUUGGAGCAGUCCCAACUGCUUAUGAUGUGGAGACUUUGGCUUUACAUGAAAUUGGACACCUGCUUGGACUUGGUCAUAGCCAAUUCUCAAAUGCAAUAAUGUGGGCUACCUUUAGCCCCGGAGUAACAAAAGGAUUGAAUUCAGACGACAUCCGAGGGAUUCGGGCUCUAUAUGGCAGUUAGCUGGCUCUAAAAGGAAAGACAAAAGGAUAUGUAUAAAGA